GCCUCCUCUAUGGUACUUUAAGUCUAGUUUCGUUCUUGCUCUUUAUUAUUCUGGAUAAUGACCAAGCAGCUGUUUGUGCCAGAAUCAGUUUGAUGCUAUUCGAAAGACAAAUUUUGGUGUAAAAUGGACAAUUUACGCCACAAAGCUGGCUUAAAACUUGCAUUAAUAGUAUAAAGAACAAUUGUUUGUGAAAGUGUUUGUGAAUUAGCUUUUAAUGAAUAUAAAAACAAGACAGAAGACAUUUUGAAUGUACAUUUUAGUUUUGUGUAAUAUAAUAUCUUUGUGAAUAUGAAUUGCAAAUUAUCAGCAGUUUCUACAUAAUUUUCAUUAAGUUUUUCGUACAUAUGGAAAAAACUAACUGUGAGGAUCAAAUUGUAAACUAGUUGCCACACAGAGAAUAAACUCUCUGACAGUUGGGAGUUUGUUUCAUCAAUCUGUUGGGGAAGUGUGCUAGUUUAUUUUGCUUGAAAGCAAACUUGAGCAGAAGGGGCUGGGAGGAAUGAGCCUGAUCAUUGACCGUCCACUGACAGCGUGCAGAUCACCGCGAGCUGUGAGAGACGGCGUGGUCUAUGGCCGACCAGGUCCAAGAGCGGACGCUCUCUGAUGUGAGCGGCGCACAUCAGCGCAAGAAAUCAAAUAAGCGCUCUUCCAAACUGGUUAGUAAACCAGAUAUAGUUGCCCUGGAAGAAGAGUUGCCUCGCAAGCGUGCUUCCACAGCUGCUAAUACUUUAGCCAGUCUCAACUGUGCUCACGUAGAUUCUGCUAUAAAACUUGAAAAGCGACAAGCUAAACUGAAUAAAUCAUCAACUUCCACUAGAUCAUCAUAUAAAUCUAGUACACAACAAACAAGCAAGGUUUCAAAUAUAAAUAAAUCUCAAAGAAAAUCUCGUCAAAGUCAAGCUCGUAGAGCCCAAAGCAAAACUGAAGGAGUUUCUUCUACAAAAUCUCAAAAUACUGUUUUGAAGAGUAGUACCAGAAAAUCUAGUUCAGCAGGUCUUAGUGCCAGAUCUAAAAGUAGUGAAAGUACUAUAAGUGUAGGAAUUUCAAGCCAUAACACAGCUCGUAAAACUAAAAUAUCCAUAUCUAAUCAAAAGUUGACAAGAAAUACUAGAUCAAGAAGCCAUAGCAGCAGUUUCAAUUUAUUGGAAGAAGCAAGUCAAGUAUCUAGGAAACCAAGUGUUAGUGCCAAAUCUGGGAACGAGAGUAUAAAGUUAAAAGAAGAGAGAAGUAACAAAUCCAGUUUUAAUAAUAGUAAACAAGGAAAUAAAUUGCCUAAAUCACACAUACCAUUAAGAAAAGCACCAAAACGAGAACUGGAACUAGUGAAUGAGUUUACAUGUACAAAAGAUUCUGAUACAAGUUCAACAUCAGAAAGGCGUUAUUCAUUAAGAAGUCACGGCAGAGAAUUUCAAGAAGGUUUAUAUUUGGGAGAGACAAGAGAGAUUAGUGGACCUGCAGGCAGUAUAACCUAUAAAGUAGAAACUACUCGUCGGUCUAGAUCAAAUAGUCACCAGUCACCUAGCCCGGCUAUAGUUCUUCGUAGGCACACUAGCCCAAUUCCUGCAAAACGUGCAAAAUAUUCAAUCCAACAAUCAUUUAAUAAGAGUGUUCCUGAUCAGAAGAAAAGUUCGGUUUCCUCAAAACCAUCCAGCAACAAUUUAAGGCCCACGGUUGCAACCCCUAAAUUAAACCACACCAAAACAAAUUCUAGCAAAGUUGUGCCGAAAAGCACAAGUGCAAAAAGUAAAAGGAUUGUUUCUUUGAUAUCAAAACGAGCUGUUAGGGAAAACAAUUACAGAAAAAAGCAGAAUCUGGGUUCUAGAGGAUCACAUCAAGCAGCUGGGAGUUCAGGAAAUUCAGAAGUUAGUCACAAUCUACAGCAAGUUAGGCGCAGCCUGCGAGCCGGGCCGGAGCAUUUUACAAUGCCUGCGCCCAAAGAUAAGAAAAAACGUGAAAAAGGCAAACAGUUAACAACCACCACAACGGGUUCUUGUACAUCCUCCUCAGGCCCUUCAUCGGGCCCUCAAUCUGUGAAUUCUGGUCAAGCAGGAGCAACUGGAUCUAGUUCACAACGCUAUCAUAGAAAUCAGCCUGGGCCCAGUUCUGCUUUAGGAGACAAAGAUGGAGCACUUGAUUUGGAUGCUGCUGUUUCACAACAGCCAGCAGCGUCUACGGGUCUCUCACAAAGCGGAAAUGUCUCAUCACAACAAGGAGCAGCUCAAGCUUCAGCCAACCCUCUCUCCGGAGGGGUUGGUUCUAAUUCGUUACUUACUCCUAAUGCACUCGAUUCAGAGUCUGACGACAGCAGUGAAGUGGGUAAGCUUCAGGCGCUACUUGAGCAAAGAGGCUUACCGCCGCAGCUAUUUGGUGCCUUGGGACCCAGGAUGCAAAGCUUAUUGCAUAGAACUAUGGGAGCCAACACAUCAUCCAAAGCUCAACAAUUAUUAGCUGGCCUACAACAAACAGGAGAUGAAAGCCAGCAAUUACAAGCGGUCAUCGAAAUGUGUCAGAUGUUAGUAAUGGGAAAUGAAGAUACUCUAGCUGGUUUUCCAGUCAAAUCUGUUGUGCCUGCACUCAUCACACUUCUGGGAAUGGAACAUAAUUUUGAUAUGAUGAACCAUGCCUGUAGGGCAUUGACUUAUAUGAUGGAGGCUUUGCCAAGAUCCAGUGGAGUUGUUGCUGAUGCUGUUCCUGUGUUUCUAGAAAAAUUGCAAGUUAUUCAAUGCAUGGAUGUUGCUGAGCAAAGUUUAACAGCUUUAGAUAUGCUGUCAAGACGGCACAGCAAAACUAUUUUACAAGCGAGAGGUGUGGCAUCUUGCCUGAUGUACUUGGAUUUUUUUUCCAUUAAUGCUCAACGAGCAGCUCUUUCUGUAACAUCAAAUUGCUGCCAAAAUCUUCAUGCUGAAGAAUUUCAUUUUGUGGCAGAUUCUUUACCACUUUUAGCUGCUAGACUUACUCAACAAGAUAAGAAAUCAGUUGAAUGUGUUUGUGUAGCAUUUAGCCGCUUAGUGGAUAGUUUUCAACACGAUCCACAGAGAUUGCAAGAAAUUGCUAGCCUGGAAUUGUUAACUAAUGCACAACAAUUGUUAUUGGUGUCACCUCCAGUUAUAGCUACAGGCACAUUUAUAACAGUUUUGAGGAUGCUCAGUGUGAUGUGUGCAAACUGCCCUGACUUAGCAAUUACAUUACUUAAACAGAAUAUUGCUGAUACAUUACUUUAUCUCUUAACUGGUUCAUCUAUUCCUAACAAACAAGGUGAUAUAGAAUUAUCUCAGAGAAGUCCUCAAGAACUGUAUGAAAUUACUUGUUUAAUUGGUGAGCUGAUGCCUAGACUUCCUACGGAUGGUAUUUUCUCUGUAGAUUCAUUGCUUGAAAAACCUUCAAGCAAUGUACAAGAUGCAGUUCAAUGGUUAUGGCAAGAUGAUAGGUCUUUAUGGCAUUUAUACACUCCAAUAGAUUCACGUAUUAUCGAAGCUGCUUAUUUAAAUUCAGAGGAUGAAAUUAGUUUGAGCACCUUAGGAAGAACUUACACUGUAGAUUUUCAUUCAAUGCAACAGAUCAAUGAAGACACAGGAACCACAAGACCUGUUCAGAGAAAAAUUAAUACACAUUUAAUAGACAACUCUGCAAGUUUUCCAUCUGGCGUAACUCAACCACAAAAUAUUGAAAAUAAUGCAACAAACCAGGCUCCUGGCCAACAUUUGGAUUUAUCAGCUAGACCAUCUAAUUCACAAAGAGAUGCCAGAGUUGCUUGCCUGCGUGAAGAAAGAGGUUUGGCAGCAGCUUUUAUACGUUCACUAUUUUCAGUUUUGUAUGAAGUAUACAGUUCUUCUGCUGGUCCUGCAGUUAGAUGCAAAUGUCUAAAAGCUUUGUUGCGAAUGGUAUAUUAUGCAAAUGCAGAUUUAUUGAAAGAAGUUUUGAAGAACCAGAUUGUAUCAUCUCAUAUAGCAGGAAUGAUGGCUUCAACUGAUUUACGUAUAGUCAUUGGAGCUUUGCAAAUGGCUGAUAUUUUAAUGCAAAAACUUCCAGAUGUUUUUGGUGUUCAUUUCCGAAGGGAGGGUGUCAUGCAUCAAAUUAAGCAAUUGGCUGAUCCUUCUGUACCAUUAAGUGUUAGUCCUCCUAAGCAACCACCAACUACCAACUUGAAUAAUGAUGAUAAUAAAUUUGGUAUUCCUGGAAUUUCUAAUCUCACUACCGUUUCUUGUGUCAAAAUUGGCCACACUUCUUCAAAAGAUACUUUGAGUAGUAAAAAUAGCACGAAUGCGUUGAAAACUGGAAAUAAGUCCGGGUCAGGCAGAGUAAUGACCUCUGGAUUUAAUCCUACAAUGUGUGCAAUAGAUGCAACGAAUUUAAUGGCUUCUGCACAUGCUGGGAACAUAGCCAAUAAUAUACUAUCUUCAACAAAUAACUCAUUAGCAUCAUUUGCUAGUGGUACGGUCGCUGGUAGUAACAUUCCAACUGGAAUUGUAGAACCAAUUGAAGGAUCAUCUAAUGGCAAUCACUUAUUAGUUCCAUUGUCUUCAUCUACAAUGGCUCAUUCACCCUUAUCAGCCUUUACUUCCCAUCAUACCACGGCUUCGGCAAUUGUUGAUGCUCAUCAUCAUGGAUAUGCUACUGUUCAACCCAAUGUUCAAGCUCAUAACCACUUGAGUAGCAAGCAACGAUAUGCAGAGUUAUUGCGGGAAGCAGCUCAGAUAAAUGAUCCCCAAAUGAGUCUCAAUAAGCAUCGAGAUCAAGGACAUUAUCAUUCAAAUUUGGCUACCCAAAAUCCUGCCAUACAACCUUCUGCGGGGCAGAACAAUCAGUCAACAGUACAAGGUCAAAGCAGUCCUAGUCAAAUGAGAUUGUCAGAUGUAUUGAAACGAAAACGCCCUCCAAAACGACCAACUUUAAGUAGCAGACUUAAAUCCCGAACAACACCCACUACAAAUGAUGCAGAAGUAAACUUAUCAACUUCUAUGAUGCAAGAUUUAUUUACAAAAGCCACCAGCUUAGGCAGUGGAACCCAACCAGCUACCAGUGGAGUAACAGCACCUUCUCGAUCUCGUUUUGCCGGUGCUACUUCUAAAACUACAUCAUUUUUGGCUUCACUAAACCCAGCAAAAUGGGGCAGAGGUCAAAGUACAUCUCAACAUGUUGCCAAUUACUCAAAAGAUUCUAGUGGCUCUGGAAACUGUGGAGGUUUAGAUAAAAGUCUUUCCAAUUCUAACAUUACAGCAGGAAAUAGAGAAAAAGCUAGGACUUGGGUUCGUGAACAAGCUAGUAGAUUUAUGGAAUCCUAUGCAGAGAGUGAAGAAUGUGGUCCACCACAUCCAGCUCUUUGUGUUCUGUCUAGAUUGACAGCAGCCAUAGAUAAGUUACCAGGAGAUGAAUCUGAUUGCCAAACAGCUAUGUUUGAUCUUAGAAAUAUAUUAAUAGAAUCUGAUAUUUCACCUUUUGAAGUUAAUCAUUCUGGACUCAUUAAAGCCUUAAUUAGUUUUAUGACUUUAGAAGAAGGAAGGGUUGAUAGAGAUAUGCGUUUAAAAAUCUUUCUUCAUGUUUUUACUGGUUUACCAAUAAAUGUACAAAAUAUCACAUCUAUUCAAGAUCUACAGGAAUGGAAUCCCACAUACUUCAGUGCACUUGUAGCUAAGUUAUCUGGUUGUGUAUCUCAAUUAGAACAAUUUCCAGUCAAAGUUCAUGAUUUGCCUGCAGGUCCAAAUGGUGCCAGGGGUGGAGGUACUAGUGCUUUAAAAUUCUUUAACACUCAUCAACUCAAGUGCAAUUUGCAGAGACAUCCUGAUUGUACUAAUUUAAAGCAGUGGAAAGGAGGUACUGUAAAAAUAGAUCCAUUAGCCUUAGUUCAAGCUAUAGAAAGAUAUUUAGUUGUACGAGGUUAUGGUCGUUUACGUGAUAAAGAUAAUGCUGACUCUGAUGAUGAUAAUUCAGAAGAUGAUAUUGAUGACACGUUAGCUACAGUAGUGUUUGCUCAAACUGGUUCUAGGCAUAAAUUACAGUUUUUGAUUGGAGAUAAUGUCUUACCUUAUACGAUGACAGUAUAUCAAGCUGUAAGACAAUUUUCCCCAACUGCUAAUGAUCAGAGUGAAAUUGAUACUGAAUCUGAGAUGCCUCUGGGGAAUGCAGGAGUUUGGGUGCAAACACAUACUAUUUAUUAUAGACCAUUACCUGAAGAUGCAAGCAGUACUAAUAAGAGCAUGACUGCACAACAUAGUACGAGGAAAGGUAAAAUUAGUUCUAAAUCUCAUAUGAGACGUAAAGGAGAUGAAUUGUGGAGUGAAGGAAUCAUUCCUGCGGUGGCCUCACCUCUUAAAACAUUUUUAGUGCAAAGUUUACCAGAAACAGUAACUAUUCAAGAUGCUAGUCUAGAAGUAUUGUGCUUAUUGCGUGUAUUGUGCUCUUUAAAUCGUUAUUGGAACAUUCUUCAUCCAUCUUUAGAAUAUGUACCUAUAAUUGGACAGUCUGAAUUUAUCAACAGUAAAAUAGCAGCAAAAGCAAACCGACAAUUGCAGGAUCCUUUAGUGAUCAUGACAGGAAAUUUACCACAAUGGUUACAUCAGAUAGCAGGUGUAUGCCCAUUCUUAUUUCCUUUUGAAACAAGGCAGCUUUUGUUUUAUGCAAAUAGUUUUGAUAGAGAUCGGGCACUGCAAAGAUUAAUCGAUUCAUCACCUGAUAUAAAUUCUAAUGAUACAAGUGAAAGAGUGACACCUAGAUUAGACAGGCGCAAACGAACAAUAUCUCGUGAUGAUAUUUUAAAACAAGCUGAAGCUGUCAUUCAAGAUCUUGCCAGUUCCAAAGCUCUUUUGGAGAUACAGUAUGAAAAUGAAGUUGGAACAGGAUUAGGGCCUACAUUAGAAUUUUAUGCUUUAGUUUCACGUGAAUUGCAAAGAGCUGAUUUAGAUUUAUGGCAUGGCAGUGAAAGUUUCAAGCAUCGUCAGAAUAAUAUAAAUGAUAUCAUUAAAAAUAAUGAUACUACUAGUGUGAAUUCUGAAGAUUCAUACAAAAUGAAACAUGCAGAUAAUAAUGGCCAGCAACUUAUCAUUGAUAAUUCAUUGGAUAUGCCAGCAUUAACUGUUGAUGAUGAUAAUUACAGAACCAAUAAUAUAAAGGCAAGUGAGUCAGAUGUAUCAGUAUCUUAUGUCCAUAGUCCUGUUGGACUAUUUCCAAUGGCUUUAGGAAGAACAACCAAAGUUUCUCAGAUGUCUAAACUGAAAAGCAAGUUCAAGUUUUUAGGAAAGUUUAUGGCUAAAGCUGUAAUGGAUAGUAGAAUGUUAGAUCUACCAUUUUCGACAUCAUUUUAUCGAUGGCUGCUUGGGCAAGAGCAUGCACUAUCACUGUCUGAUUUAUCAUCGGUUGCUCCGGAAGUUCAUCGGACUCUUGUGAGACUUCAGGACACUGUUCGCAGAAGAGAUGCAAUACUGGCAGACCCUAGCUUAUUACCAUUGGAAAGGCAACGCUUAAUAGAAGGAUUAACACUUGAUGGCUGUUCUAUUGUGGAUCUAGGUUUAGAUUUUGUUCUACCUGGAUAUGCUAAUAUUGAACUCAAGAAAGGUGGAAGAGAUACUCCAGUAACACUAGAUAAUUUAGAUCAAUAUAUAAAACUAGUGGUGCAUUGGUUCUUGUAUGAAGGUGUUACUAGGCAAAUGGAUGCAUUCCGUGAAGGUUUUGAAUCUGUCUUCCCCCUAUCUGCAUUAAGAAUGUUCUAUCCUGAAGAACUAGAAGGUGUAUUCUGUGGCUCUAACGUCUCAGGCGGAAACACUAACUGGGAUAUAAGAUAUCUACAGGAAUGUUGUCGUACUGACCAUGGAUAUGUGCAAGAUAGUAGAGUGAUCAAAUUCUUGUUCGAAAUCUUAAGUACUUACAAUAAAGAAGAACAGCGCAAGUUUGUGCAAUUCAUCACUGGCAGUCCUAGAUUACCAACUGGAGGUUUCAAGGCUUUGUCUCCUCCUUUAACAAUUGUGAGGAAGACGCUGGAACAAAAUAUGAAUCCUGACGAUUAUCUGCCUUCUGUCAUGACUUGUGUGAAUUAUUUGAAACUUCCUGAGUAUUCAUCGAUAGAAGUAAUGAGAACUAAGCUCAGAAUAGCUGCCAGUGAAGGCCAGCACUCUUUCCAUCUGUCCUAAUGACUGUGAUUUAAUAAUUUUUAUCAUAUCUAGAUAAAAGAUUUACAAAAAAUGAAAUAAAUUCAUCAAUUCCUUUCCCCUCUGUCAUUAUUUUCCUUGUAUCCUCAAAUAUAUUUCCCAUAUUUAAUCAAUUCCUGAAAGAAAAACAGAAAGAAAAUCUUUAUAUAACAUAUUAUAUACCUCCAUAUAAAUAUAUAUAGUUUUAGAUAGCAUAUAACAAUCUAUAUAUACCUAUAUAAAAUAUGAGAAAUAAAUAUAUCUAUAUCACAGACACUUGCUACUAUACCAUUAAAUAUUAUUUCUUUAGUUAAUAAAUUAUUUGUUGUGUGCGUGAACAAAUCUAGAUCACUAGAUUAACAUAACAUGUGUGAUAAUGAUUGUGUUGACAUGAAUUAAUCUUUAAGAAUGUGUUUCUGUUUGUGCAUAUAUAAUCUAAGUCCAUCAUUUGAUCUGCAUUUUGACCAAUAAUAAACUUACGUUGUAUUAUACUAUGAAAUGAAUGUGCUAUGAAAUGAAUUGUUAAUUUUUAAUAUUACUAUUAUCCCACCAAUAACAAGUUUUAUAAAGCUAAGUAGCUGCUCUUGUGUUUAAGGUCUUUUUUUUUCUUUAAUUUUUAGAAAGAAGAAAAUAUUAAAUUGUGAUUUUAUUUGAUGCAAAGCUUGCUUUUAAGAAGUUAUAAAUACUAAGGGAAUACUUUUGAAAAUGUUAUUUUUUUGUUAUAGAAUACA